AUGAGUAAUUUAACUUUGGUUGUGUCUUACAUUUUAAUCAGUGUUACAAUAAUUAUUUCCUAUGGAAAACAAAUACGAUUAAGUGUUAUCUGUGAUGAAUCAUUAUAUAACCUUUGUGCUAAACAAGUGAGUACCUACGAGAAAACUUAUCAAAGAUCAGAAUCUAUUGACAAUGUAAUAUUUCCUAUAAAAAUUAACAAUGGAACUAGUGAUUUGCUGUUAAAUUAUCAGCAAUUUAACGUUAGUGAUGACUUCUGGAAUAUAUUUGUGGUUUUUGGAGAUGACGUGACCACUAAUGCCGCUGCAGUUGUAGCCACAACCUACCACAUACCUAUAUUCCUGUACACCACUUCACAGUGGCACAACAAUAUAUAUCCAUCUAAAGUGGUAGCAUUGAAUGGAAAUCGGUGGAAUUUAGGUCAGGCGACGGCAGCUGUAGUAGAAUCUCAUUACUUACCAAAGACAUGUUUUAUCAUAGACUAUUACCACCUGAAUGACCAGUUUCUGGAGGGAUUUGUCUCUAAAGCAGGCAAUUACGAAUUCAACAAUACUCAAAUUAUCAUUUUCAGAGAUGAAGAAGACAUCUCAACGUUGUCUCUCAAACUCACACAAAUUAGAGAACAUGGGUACAGACUCAUCAUUGCUCACAUUAAAAACACUAAAAUCAAGACAGUGUUCCAGUUGUGUCAGCAACAAGGCUACUUUGAACCCGGCUAUGCUUGGAUUUUGUCUGACAUGUCAAUGCCGGCGUCUGACAUCGAAGAAAAGUUUUAUCCUUCUGGCUUAUUGGCAUUACAAAGCCAAGAAAUUGACGGAUUGGACUCAUUGAUUGAAAAGUCUCUUAUUUCUAUUUCUGAUUUUGUAGAAGAAAUUAACUCACUUGGUGAUAAAAAAAUCAUAAACAAUAAUUCUGUGUUCCGUGACCAGGUUGUCAGUUAUGUAACAUCUAAACGGCAAAAUGAUUCAUCAAACAGAGGUCUUUCAUUUGACGAAGAAGGACGCCGAACAAAUUACUCUUAUGUAGUACGAAAUAAAGAAGUUAAAAACAACAUUACAAACUGGAAGGAUGUUGGUCAUGUGGGAAGUGAUAUAUUUACCCUUAAUACAAUUUACUGGCCCGGUCAUACCAUUUUUGGGCCUGUAAAAAAUAUCAGUCCUAAACACAGGGUAGUUACUAGACCUGCAGAACCAUUUGUAUUUAUACACGGUCCAGUUGAUGGAGUUGGUAGUUGUUUUACAGCAAAACCAUGUUGCUUAGUUACACAGACCGAGCCGAUUGCCAAAGGUGCCUUUAUUGAUAAUUGUUUUACAAAUUCUUCAGAAUCUAUAUAUUGUUGUAGUGGAAUUGCUAUUGAACUUUUAGAUGUUCUAUCGAAAGAUCUCAAAUUUGAUUAUGCAAUUUAUUUUGAAAAUGACACAAAUUAUGGUAAUCUUAUCAAUGGUACUAUGACCGGAAUGGUAGAUGACAUUCUAACCGGGGUUGCAGAUAUGAUAGUUGGAGCCUUCAGCAUAACCUCAACUAGAUCAAAGUUAAUAGCAUUUACAGAACCAUUUUACUUCUCAGGUUAUUCAUUAGUAAUGAAAAAAGAAAUAACUAAUCCAUCAAUUGACGCAUUUUUGAAACCCUUUGACGACAAUGUGUGGUUACUCGUGAUUCUUAGUGCUAUUGGUACUGGUAUAGCUACAUCAUUACUGGAAUGGAAUAGCCCUUUUGGCUUAAACCCAUGGGCCAGAAAACGUGCCAAAAAUUAUACUUUGGGUUCCGGACUAACAAUGGUAUUUUCUUUGUGGUUUGGUCAUACGGUUUCUACAAAGCCGCCAAAAGGUUGGCCUAGUAAAGUUUUACAGAAUGUAUGGGCUGCGAUGGCAAUAUUUAUAGUUGCCAGUUAUACAGCCAACCUUGCUGCUUAUCUUGCAGGAAUUGUGAAUGAAACUCAAGAAAUAACUGGUAUCCAAGAUAAACAACUUGAGUCAAAGAAAAUAGCAAUGAUCGAAACAAGUGCUGCUGCUGAUUUUUUAGACAAAAUAGAUUCUAAACUAACAAAGCCCGUUUUUGUGAAUGGACUAGAAGACGGUUUGCAAGGACUGAGAAAAGGUAAACAUGAUGUUUAUGUUGAUGACAACCCUAUCCUUGCAUAUAAAUUGGCGGUGAUUGAUUCCAAAUGUACCAUCAAGUUUUCUGGAAGCGAGUUCGGAGAAAAUUUUUAUGCUUUUGGGUUGCCAUCCAAAUCCAUAUGGCUUGAGGAAAAGCUAUCGUCACUGAUUUUGGAUUAUGUAGAAAACGGAUAUUUGGUGACAAUUACAAAGAAGUUCGUGUCGGUUAGAGACUGCAAAGAACAAAUGUCAACAGAAAGCGUUAAUCAAUAUGAUCUUCAGCAGACUGGAGGUCUGUUUAUUAUGCUAGUGUGUGGGUUAGCUCUUUCUGUUAUGUUGUUAGUCCUGGAACAUGCUGCUUUUAAAUAUUUGGUGCCAUACCUAAGAAAACAAGCGGUGGACAGUAGGUGGAAAUCUAGACGAACGCUAGAAUUUUUCAAUCAGCGGUUAUAUCGUACUGUAAUGAGUGAAACAUUAGUGUCACCCCAACAAACAGCCCGUGAAAUGAUGAUGAUAAUGAAAGAUCGACAGUUUACUAGAAUGUUCCAGAAAAAUGAAUUGCAGCAAAAAGCAGUUCAAAGAGCACCCCGGAAAGGUUUGAAAUUUAUGAACCUUACUGAUAUUUUGUUGAGGUCUGCCAGUGAAGAUCGCUCAUUAUGUAAUGGUGAUAGUGCUAUCUUCUCAACAUCCUCUUCCGGUAAACUCUAUAAUAUUUCAGAAGAGGAGGAAAUCAAUAAUGGCAAAAUGAAGUUUCCAAUAGAAUCUCAGGAGUUUGAUGAUGUAUUUUACAAUGAUUCAACGGAAGGAAGCUCAUCUGAGGAUAUUCAGGAGAAGAAUAACGUUUUCACAAUCCAUCAUAACAAUUCGGACACAAACCUAGAUAAACACGUACAGGUUAAUCAUUUAUGGGAUCAGAAAAUUCAUUCAAUACCCAGCGAAUAUAUCAGUGCAACUGCUGAAUUAGACGUGAUGAAGAAAAAACGACUUCAGCUAUCUCAUUCCGAUUCUUCGCAUCUCGCGAGACGUAAUCACAAAAGCGAUAAACAGCGCGACAGAAAAUAUAGUACUUUCAGGAAGUCAGGAAGAGUUACUAUAGGACCAGACAAUACACCAUCUACUUUACCAGUGGCAGCAUCUCAACCAACCAAACCUACUUCAUCUUCCAAAUCAAAAUGUUACUAUAGUUCAUCAGUUAAGUUAAAAGAUAAUCGUGUUAAAUCCACAAUACGUAGACAUGCUCUAGCUCAAUUUAAACGCCAUUCAACAACAGUAUUUGAUGAAUGCGCAGUGGAAGCUUUAUCAAAGGAAGAUUUGUUGGUUCUAUGGAAACGUUCAGAAAUAGAGCUCCAAACUAAGCUAAAUAAACUUCAAUCACAAAACAAUCAUUUGAAAUGUCUGUUGGCUAUAGUUGAAUCAGACGAUUCAGAGGAGCCGACAAGAACUCUCUCUAAAAAGAAAAAGUUAUUAUGCACGAAACUGUGAUAGAGUCAACGUGAUUUUUUUUUCAUUUCUACAUUGUUAUUUGUUAUUUUAUUAAAAUAGUGUAUUGGUUUGUUUAAGAAUCAUGAAACAAAUCAUGUUUUA